CGCCCCCCGUCCUGCGGACCGGAAGCCGUGCGCGCCGGGGGCUUGUGGGAAGAGGCUGUAAGCGACGGCGCAGCGUCUGCCCGGGACGGCGAGGCUGCGGGUCCCGAGCCGGAGGAAUACCUUUGAGGAAAAAUAGUAUUUCUGAGUGAGGUCUAUAUCCUGCCUUGACUGCCUUUCUUGAAGUACUGUAACAGGAUGUCCGCACAAUCUGUGGAAGAAGACUCAAUACUUAUCAUCCCAAAUCCAGAUGAAGAAGAAAAAAUUCUGAGAGUGAAACUAGAGGAGGAUCCUGAUGGUGAAGAGGGGUCAAGCAUUCCCUGGAAUCAUCUCCCUGACCCAGAAGUUUUCCGACAGCGGUUCAGGCAAUUUGGAUACCAGGAUUCACCAGGUCCCCGAGAGGCUGUGAGCCAGCUCCGUGAACUUUGCCGCCUGUGGCUCAGACCAGAGACACACACGAAGGAACAGAUCCUGGAGCUGGUAGUGCUAGAGCAGUUUGUUGCCAUCCUACCCAAGGAGCUACAGACUUGGGUUCGAGAACAUCACCCCGAGAAUGGAGAGGAGGCAGUGACCGUUCUAGAGGACUUGGAAAGUGAACUCGAUGAUCCUGGACAGCCGGUUUCUCUCCGUCGGCGAAAACGGGAAGUGAUUGUAGAAGAGAUAUCUCAAGAAGAUGCUCAGGGAUUACCAAGUUCUGAGCUUGAUGCUGUAGAGAAUCAGCUCAAGUGGGCAUCCUGGGAACUCCAUUCUCUGAGGCACUGUGAUGAUGAUGCUAGGACAGAGAAUGGAACGCUGGCUCCAAAGCAGGAGAUUGCUUCAGCUGUAGAAGCUCAUGAAGUUCCUGGCACUCUUAAUAUAGGUGUUCCUCAGAUUUUUAAAUAUGGAGAAACCUGUUUACCCAAGGGCAGAUUUGAAAGAAAGAGAAACCCUUCUCGAAAGAAACAGCAUAUAUGUGACGAAUGUGGAAAGCACUUCAGCCAGGGCUCGGCCCUCAUUCUCCAUCAGAGAAUCCACAGCGGGGAGAAGCCUUAUGGGUGUGUCGAGUGUGGCAAAGCCUUCAGCAGAAGCUCCAUCCUUGUACAGCACCAGCGAGUCCAUACCGGGGAGAAACCUUACAAGUGUCUUGAGUGUGGGAAAGCCUUUAGCCAGAAUUCUGGGCUUAUUAAUCAUCAGCGAAUCCACACUGGAGAGAAACCGUAUGAAUGCGUUCAGUGUGGAAAAUCCUACAGUCAAAGCUCAAAUCUUUUUAGACAUCAGAGAAGACACAAUGCAGAGAAACUUUUGAAUGUUGUGAAAGUUUAAAAAAUUAGGGGGAAACAAUAAGCACUCAGGUCUUUUUCUUCAGAAAUGAAGACAAAAUUAAAAACAUGAAGUGAUACAGAAAAGGUUUUUUUCCCUGUUGACUGAGAAAAUCCACUGGGAAAUACAAAAAAAGGAUUCCUCAUUCACCAUUAUUAUCUUGAGAGAAAUGGUGUUAUGCCUAGAAACUGAAAUUUUAAAUAAUUCAGGUGUUAAUACCUAAAUUUUCCAUGGGAUGUUUAUAGUCUCUUUUUUUUCUCCCAAGUAAUGAGCUACCUGAUUUUUUGUCCCUUUCUUAACAUUUUCCUUUUUCAGACUAAUAUUUUAUUUCAGUGUUGGUUAUUGAAAUGUUGUUUUGUAAGGACAUGUAUCUUUCUAUUUUAAAAGGCAGCGUAGGAAUUGUAAACUCUAAAAGCCCAUCUUCAAGCAUCUAAAAACACCUUUGAAAACUUCGUUUCCUUUUGUUCAGUUUGAGCAUAUUUGAGAAAAAUAGUAGAGGCUAGUCAAAGCCUCAAUGUUAAAUGAGCCUUACGAUCUCAGAUGAGUGACAGUAGCAAAACUUCAAUGAGUGAAAGGGAGGAAUUAGAGAAGUUACAACUGUGGUGUGUCUGUUAAGCACAGUUGUCUUUCUACGGGAAAACUUAACAAAAAACAAACUAAAACCUGAUUUUAUCUAACUUGUGGGCAUCUUACUAAUGAAAGCAGUUUUCCUGUGUAAAAAUAGACACUUGUGAACAUAAAGGUAAAAGUAACACUAAGGAAGAAUUUGUAGUGAAUGCUGGUGUUGAAAGGCAAAUAUAAAAUUAAGGCAGUUAUAUGAUGUGGCUUUUAGAAAAACUCACAAAUCUAACUCAUUUUGCCCUCAUCCUAGUUAAGGAUAAAAAGUUCCUUGAUGAGAGGGCAACGAUAUCAGGUUUGCUAUUUUUAUUCCUUUGAUACAAAAGGGUUGAGCACCAGGCUAAAACAGCCAUGCAUUUAUUAUUAAACAUUUCUACCGACAAUGCACUGUGCAAAGUACUGUAAUCCUACUGUAAGUAGGUAGGUAUUUGUUCCACUGUAAGUCAUAAGGGUGUCCCCAUCAGCAUUCCCAGGCCACCUCUGAGGUUCCCAGAGUUGUAGUUCUCUUACCAGUGUGAUGUGUUUGGAGGGAGAGAUGUCAGCUCAGAAAGCUAGCUAGUUAGCUCUUAGCACUUUUCAGAGGUGAGUUCAAGAUACACUCUUUAGUUUGAGAAUUUUUGAGUCUUAAAAAUCCAAAUGUAAUUUCUAGUAGCAUAGCAGUUAUAACUACAUGUUAAGUUGAAUGGACUGUUCUACUUUAAAAAAUAAACAACUAGGCUAUUAAUAACUAGUUUAUUAACUGUCAGAAUUGAUUGAAUUUUUUUUAAUUUACAGUCUUAACACAUUUAAAAAAAAAUAAAGUAAUACAUUUUAGUAGUAGGAUUCUGUAUGCCUUGGUUAAGAAUCCAAGUACUGUGGUUCUACUGUUUAAUGGCAAACUCUGGAAGUUAAAGAUUGAGUAUAAGAGGUUUGGGGGUUUUUGUUGUUGUUUGUUUUUUUAUAUGUAAGACAGGCAUCAUUACAUGGAAAAUGAUCCAUGGGAGUACAAAUAUUUCCAGCAAUUUGGGUUCUAUCGGGUGCUUGGCCAAUUUUAAGAUGAAAAGUGAGAUUUUUUUGCGUGAGCCUAUUGAAAAACAGUAAUAAAUGCAAUGCCAGCUGGUGAAGUGAGGCCGAAUGAAGCUUGUUCAUAGAGUUCUGAUAACAAUUAUAAGAAAUGUGCUUUAUAGAUUAAGAUUUAUUGAAGUAUAAAUAUGUAGUAAUGCUAUAAUGUAUUUUUAAGUUAUACAAGAAAAUGUAGGGACUUUGUUUGGGUCUUUUCUCUGUGGCUGAGAGGAAACAAGUUAAUAUCCAAUAAAGCUCUAAACUCCUCUGCUCUGAGACGGAGUAACUGGAA